UUCUACAAAUUGCAAAACCAAGGAAUAAAGAAAAGAUGAAAGAGGAAUUAAUCUUUCUCUGCAUUCUACAUUUAUCAGCUUAACCCAUCUUCCAAAAACUCUCUCAUUCCGUCAAAGAUUCCAUCCAUCUUUUCAUUUCAAUUUCACUUUUUCAAUCGAUAAAAUAUUGCCUAUUGGGUUUCCUCAAUUCAUCCGGCAAGUUUUAAAUAUCGUUUUUUUUUUCCGAUCAACGGGACCAUGGCCGGAAUUUGUGCCGUACUAAUCGUCAUUUGUAUGAUGCCGUCGGUGUUGGUGGUGGCCGGAGACGCGUCAUCGGCGGCAAUUCGGUUACCGUCGGAAGUUAGCGGAGAAGUGAAUAACGUGUGCGCAGGAGCAGGGGCGGAGGCAUGGUGUCCAGUAAAGUGUUUCCGGACGGACCCAGUAUGCGGCGUGGACGGCGUGACGUAUUGGUGUGGUUGUGAGGAAGCGGCAUGCGCGGGUGUGAAAGUUGGGAAAAUGGGGUAUUGUGAAGUUGGGAAUGGUGGUUUGGCUCCUAUAUCUGCUCAGGCACUUCUUCUUGUACAUAUUGUUUGGCUCAUUGUUCUUGCAUUUUCUGUCUUCUUUGGUCUUUUUUAAUUUCUCUCUCUCUCUCUCUCUCUC